AGGGCCGGGGGGCGCCCGGCGGCGCGGAGCCGCUCCCCGGGAGCGGCGGGGAGCUGCGGCGCCUGCGUGGAGCAGACGGAGCAACAGCUUUCGGCGGCGGCGUGGAGGGGGAGCCCCGUCCCGUCGCGUCCCGUCGCGUCCCGUCCCGUCCCGCCGGUGCGAGCCGCCCGCCAUGGGCCGCCUCCCGCUGUACCUCUGCUGCUGCCUCGCGCUGUGCUCCGCGGCGGCGCAGGAACCCGAGUACAGCUACGGCUGCGCCGAGGGGAGCUGCUACCCCGCCACCGGCGACCUGCUCAUCGGCCGCGCCGCCCGCCUCUCCGCCUCCUCCACCUGCGGCCUCCGCCAGCCCGAGCCCUACUGCAUCGUCAGCCACCUCCAGGAGGACAAAAAAUGUUUCAUAUGUGACUCCGAGGAUCCCUUCCACGAUACUCUCAAUCCUGACAGUCAUCGCAUUGAAAAUGUCGUCACCACAUUCGCUCCAAAUCGCCUGAAGCUCUGGUGGCAGUCGGAAAAUGGUUUGGAAAAUGUGACUAUCCAGCUGAACCUGGAGGCCGAGUUUCAUUUCACUCAUCUCAUUAUGACCUUCAAGACAUUCCGCCCUGCUGCAAUGUUGAUAGAAAGAUCAUCUGAUUUUGGAAAAACAUGGCAAGUAUAUAGGUACUUUGCAUAUGACUGUGAGAGCUCAUUUCCUGGGAUUUCAACUGGACCCAUGAAGAAAGUUGAUGACAUCAUUUGUGAUUCCCGAUACUCUGACAUUGAACCUUCAACGGAAGGAGAGGUAAUAUAUCGUGUUUUAGAUCCUGCUUUUCGAAUUGAAGAUCCAUACAGUCCAAGGAUUCAAAACCUAUUAAAGAUCACAAAUCUGCGAGUCAAAUUCAUUAAGCUGCACACACUGGGAGAUAAUCUCUUAGACUCUAGGAUGGAGAUCAGAGAGAAGUACUACUAUGCCAUCUAUGACAUGGUGGUUCGUGGGAACUGUUUCUGCUACGGACACGCCAGCGAGUGUGCGCCAGUGGAUGGCUUUAACGAAGAAGUGGAAGGAAUGGUCCAUGGGCACUGCAUGUGCAGACAUAAUACCAAAGGGUUAAACUGUGAACAGUGUUUGGAUUUCUACCACGACUUACCCUGGCGACCCGCUGAAGGCCGCAAUAGUAACGCAUGCAAAAAGUGCAACUGCAAUGGCCACUCCAGCCAGUGCCACUUUGACAUGGCUGUGUACAUGACGACGGGGAAUACCAGCGGGGGAGUGUGUGACGACUGCCAGCACAACACGGUAGGACGCAACUGUGAGCAGUGCAAGCCCUUCUACUUCCAGCACCCAGAGAGAGAUCUACGGGACCCCGAUGUCUGUGAGCCUUGCAACUGUGACCCAGCUGGCUCCCAAAAUGGUGGCAUCUGCGAUCGCUACACUGAUUUCUCCACUGGCCUCAUUGCCGGACAAUGCCGUUGUAAAUUAUUUGUCGAAGGGGAGCGCUGUGACCUCUGCAAAGAAGGUUUCUAUGGCCUGAGUGCCGAUGACCCAGCAGGUUGUCAGUCUUGUGAGUGUAAUCCUCUGGGUACCCACCCUGGGGGGAAUCCUUGUGAUUCGGAGACAGGAAACUGCUAUUGUAAGCGCCUGGUGACAGGAAAGCAGUGCAAUCACUGCCUGCCUGAGCACUGGGGCCUGAGCAACGACAUGGAUGGAUGUCGGCCGUGUGACUGUGACCAGGGAGGAGCGCUGAACAACAACUGCUCGAGUCAAUCUGGCCAAUGCGAAUGCCGGCCCCACAUGUUUGGACGUCAGUGCAACCAGGUGGAGCCUGGCUAUUACUUCAUUUCACUCGAUCAUUACAUCUACGAGGCAGAGGAAGCCAGCCUGGGUCCCGGAGUAAACAUAAUAGAGCGCCAGUACACGCCAGACCGCACACCGUCAUGGACAGGCAUAGGAUUUGUAAGGGUCCCUGAGGGCGCAUACCUGGAAUUCUACAUUGACAACAUCCCCUACUCCAUGGAGUACGAUAUUCUGGUCCGCUACGAGCCACAGUUGCCAGAUCAGUGGGAAAAAGCUGUGAUCAGCGUCUCGCGCCCAGGCAAGAUUCCCACGGGUAGCCGGUGUGGCAAUACAGUUCCUGAUGAUGACAAUCAGGUCGUCUCACUGUCACCCGGCUCCAGAUACGUCGUUCUCCCACGGCCCGUCUGCUUCGAGAAGGGGCUGAAUUACACCAUCCGCCUUGAGCUGCCCCAGUACUCCUCAGUGGAUACGGAGACAGAGAGCCCAUACACGCUCAUUGACUCUCUUGUUCUCAUGCCAUACUGCAAAUCACUGGACAUAUUCACAGUGGGAGGCUCAGGCGAAGAUGUGGUCACGAACAGCGCUUGGGAAACUUUCCAAAGAUACCGGUGUCUGGAAAACAGCAGGAGCGUUGUGAAAACCCCCAUGACGGAUGUCUGCAAGAACAUCAUAUUCAGCAUUUCUGCGCUAUUACACGAGACCGCGUUAUCAUGCCAGUGUGACCCCCAGGGCUCCCUGAGUUCAGUGUGCGACCCCAGCGGAGGACAGUGCCAGUGUCGUCCCAACGUCGUUGGAAGACAGUGCGACAGAUGCGCCCCUGGCACCUUUGGGUUCGGGCCGAGCGGAUGCCGACCGUGCGAGUGCCAUGCCCGAGGCUCUUACAAUGCCUUCUGCGACGCGGAGACAGGCCAGUGCCACUGCUUCCCUGGGGUGUAUGGGCGGCAGUGCGACCGCUGCCUGCCCGGCUUCUGGGGCUUUCCCAGCUGCCAGCCCUGCCACUGCAACGGCCACGCUGACGACUGCAGCCCCUUCACUGGGGAGUGCCUGAGCUGCCGGGACCACACGGCGGGGCACAACUGUGAGAGGUGCCAGGCUGGCUACUAUGGAGACCCUGUCCUGGGAUCAGGCGACCACUGCCGCCCCUGCCCUUGCCCCGAUGGCCCUGAGAGCGGACGCCAGUUUGCCAGCGGCUGUUACCAGGAUCCGGUCACACUGCAAGUCGUGUGUGUCUGUAGUGCGGGAUACAUAGGCAGUCGAUGUGAUGAAUGUGCGUCUGGCUUCUUUGGGAGCCCCGACGAGGUUGGCGGCGCCUGCCAGCCGUGCCAGUGCAACAACAACAUCGACACCACUGACCCGGAGGCCUGUGACAAGAAGACUGGAACAUGCAUGAAGUGUCUGUAUCACACGGAGGGCGAAAACUGCCACCUCUGCAAACAGGGCUACUACGGGAGCGCCCUGCAGCAGGACUGCAGAAAGUGCGUCUGCAACUACCUGGGCACCAUCCGGGAGGACUGCGAGGGCUCGGAGAGCUGCCGGUGCGAGGCGGCCACGGGGCAGUGCCGGUGCCUGCCCAACGUGGUGGGGCAGACCUGCGACCGCUGUGCCCCCCACACGUGGAGGCUCGCCAGCGGCGCUGGCUGUGAGCAGUGCGGCUGCGACCCCACACGCUCCCUCGGGCCCGCCUGCAAUGAGUUCACGGGGCAGUGCCAGUGCAUGCCAGGCUUUGGAGGCCGAACCUGCCGGGAGUGCCAGGAGCUCUUCUGGGGUGACCCGGGCGUGGAGUGCCGAGCAUGUGAUUGCAACCCUCGUGGCAUCCAGACCCCGCAGUGUGACCGUGCCACCGGGCAGUGCAUCUGCAACGAAGGGGUGGAAGGGCCGCGCUGCGACAAGUGCUCCCGGGGCUACUCGGGCUUCUUCCCCAACUGCAUGCCAUGCCACCAGUGCUUUGUCUUCUGGGAUGUGAUCAUCAGUGAGCUGGCUAAUAGGACCCAGCAGUUCCUGGAUAGGGCUAAUGCCCUCAAAAUCACUGGAGUCACUGGCCCAUACCAGCAGACACUCAACACCCUGGAGGAGAAGCUCAGUGAAAUUAAAACUAUCAUCACUCAAAAUCCAGCUGCCGAGCCCCUGAAGAACAUUGGGAAUCUCUUCGAGGAAGCAGAAAAACUGACAGCAGAUGUUACAGUUAAGAUAGCUGACAUAGAAGAAAACCUGUCAGCCUUAGCAGUGAAGAGCAAUAGCACAGACACUGACCUGAGCAUGCUGGAGACAGAUGCCAAAAGCCUAGACCAUGUGGUGAAAGAACUUGCAGAACAGCUAGAGUUCAUCAAGAUCUCUGAUGUUCGGGGGGCCUUGGACAGUAUCACCAAGUAUUUCCAGAUGUCCCUGGAGGCAGAGGAGAGGGUCAAUGCCUCCACUGUUCACCCUGAUAGCCCCGUGGAGCUGUCAGCGCAAACGCGGCAGGAAGUGGAAGACUUAAUCAAUGAGAAGGAGGCGCAGUUCAAGGCUAAACAAGAGGAGCAGUCACGCCUUCUGGAUGAACUCGCAGGCAAGCUGCAGAGCCUGGAUCUCUCCGAAGUGGCUGAGAAGACGUGUGGCACUCCCAUGGGAGCCUCUUGUGCUGAGUCCGAGUGUGGCGGUUUAAACUGUCGGACAGAUGAUGGAAAGAAGAAGUGUGGAGGACCUGGCUGCAAUGGGCUGAUGUCCGUAGCUCACAACGCCUGGCAGAAAGCCAUGGAUUUUGACAGAGACAUCCUCAGUGCAUUAGCAGAAGUUGAGCAACUCUCCAGAAUGGUUUCUGAGGCGAAACAGAGAGCUGAUGAAGCAAAACAAAAUGCACAAGCAGUUUUGCUCAAAACCAAUGCUACAAAAGAACAAGUGGACAGAAGCAAUGAAGAUCUGAGGAAUCUUAUUAAACAAAUUAGAGACUUCCUAAUGCAAGACAGCGCUGACCUGGAUAGCAUCGAGGCAGUGGCUAAUGAAGUGCUGAACAUGGAGAUGCCAAGCACUCCCCAGCAGCUGCAAGCCCUGACAGAAGAUAUUCGUGAGCGUGUAGAAAGCCUUUCUGAUGUUGAGGUCAUUCUGCAGCAGAGUGCUGGAGACAUUGCCAGAGCAGAAAUGCUACUGGAGGAAGCUAAAAAAGCAAGCAAAGGUGCAACAGAUGUUAAAGUCACUGCGGACAUGGUGAAAGCAGCACUGGAAGAAGCUGAAAAAGCUCAAAAUGCAGCUGAAAAAGCCAUCAAACAAGCUGAUGAAGAUAUUAAAGGAACUCAAGACCUGCUGACCUCAAUUGAAUCUGAAAAUGCAGCAUCUGAAGAAACACUGAACAAUGCUACCUUACGUCUGUUUGAGCUAGAGAAAAGUGUUGAAGACCUUAAGCAAAAGGCUGCUACAAAUUCAGAGAAUGUGGACAAUAUAGAAGAAAAAAUUGUUACUGCAAAACAAAACGCUGAGGAAGUUAAAAAGGUCCUCAAUACCGAGCUGAACGACAAGUAUAAAACAGUGGAAGACCUCAUUGCCAAGAAGACAGAAGAGUCAGCUGAUGCUAGGAGGAAAGCCGGCAUGUUGCAAGAUGAAGCUAAAGCCUUGUUGGCUCAAGCAAACAGCAAACUCCAGCUGCUCAAAGACUUGGAAAAUACGUAUGAAAACAAUCAAAAAGUUCUGGAAGACAAAGCCAAGCAGUUGGUGGAGCUGGAAGAGACAGUUCGCUCCCUCUUACAGACAAUCAGCCAGAAGGUUGCUGUUUAUAGCACUUGCUUAUAAAUGGCAGCAGGAAAUGCUUGUGUUCAGGAUGGGUUUUACAAGUAUUACACUAGUUCUUUUUGACAUUACACUAAGACCUGAUAAAACGAACAGGUUUUAUAUUGACUUUCAAGUCAUAGAACCAAAGACAAGUAACUUUUUGAUGUUGAAAAUAAACAGUACUUUUGUAUCACUGUAUGUACCUAGUAUGACUCAUUAAGUUCCUUCCUAUUUUCAGUAGCUGAAAUGGUACAUCAAUUAAUCCUUUAGCAAGUCUUGUUUUUAAAAUGGUUAGAGAUCUAAUAAAAGCUUGGCUCCAACUAUGUAGCUCUAAAUAACGGCUCCAAUUACUAUGAAAUAUAGGGUGGUCACUCAGAACAAAAUUACAAGUGAAUGAAGAAAUACCAUCCUUGUGGGGUUAGCUAGCAUUUAUGCCGCAGUACUCAAAAAGGAUUAUUUACCCUCUACAUGAUAUCCAUUUAGGCUUAACACUGGUUUCAUGUCACUGAUUAGGAAAUACUUGAUACGUGAAGUGGAAACAGAGGUCAGCACUGAAGGGUUGAAUUUGGUUUACAUUUCAAGCACCAAAUAUAUGUGAUAAACCAAGCUUGGAGGAUCGAGCCUCUCUGCAAAAGGAACUACAAAAGUUCACAGGGCACUCAUGUGACUCAGUUAAGGAGCUGUACACAGCUCUCUAAGAACAGCUUGCACUUAACAAAACACAAAUAAGACUUUCAAGGUGCAAGAGUAACAUCCAGUUCACCAUACUUAAGCUCAAAGUUGGCUGUAGAACAGUGCACCUUCAGACAAUUGUACAGUACUGCACAAAUUGAUUUACAACAUUCAUCAGCUACACAAAUUAGCAUCCAAAACUGCAACAUGCAUCUACACAUCCUGACUGCUAACUCUGACCUGAGGAACACAACUACGUCUAUAACUUUCAUCAGCACCUACCUAACCUUGACUAACAUCAUGAGUCAGUCAGGACAACUAUGGCAGAAUAUAUCACCACCUAAGCAAUCUGAAGAACAGUAUGUUUAAAUAAAUACCCCUAAGCUCCAUAGGUUACAAAUGCUACAGCAAAAAAAAUCCAUCAUAGGAAUUGACAACCAUACCAGCAUCAUACACCAUUUCAAUGCCACUAUACUUAGCAGCUGUUAAAAACACAAUUUGCAAAUUUUGCAACAUUCAGACUUAACUGCCAUCAGAUCAUUGACAGGUGGCUCAGUAGCUCAUCUUACCUUUACAAACACUCUUUGUACGCUUAACUAGAACAGGAAUGACAGUGAGAGAAGUAAUAAUGCACUAACAAUUUUAAGGCCUUGAAUUUUAUUUUCAAACAUCUGGGAAACUAGUCUCCAGUGUAAUUUUAGUAGUAUUCUUGAUUAAAGUUUCCCUGACUUUCCAAACUUCAUUUAACAUGGACAAAAUGAGAUAGGAGAAUUUCUAACUCAUGAACCUCAAGGCUGAAUUGCAAUUAGACUGCCACAAGUAUUGAGGGAGGUGGAGGGAAUGGACACAAAGCUGCUUCUGAAAGAGCAGGGCUUCUAGGAAGAACUUGCAAAGGGCAAGAUUAACCCUUAAUAGCAUUUACCUGCAGCAGGUAGAAGUGAUUCUGAAAUACCAAGAUCUAUUGGAAGAAUCAAGCUUUUCUUCCCUCACUAUUGUCUCACCUUUGCAUUCCCUUCAGCAACUUCCUACUAGAGCCUGAAAGCAGAUUCACAUUAAUUCACUUUUAACCCAGCAUAUCCAUGAAUCAGACUAUCUCAUAUCCUGGUGAUAAGCUUAAUGAGCUGUCAUGGUUUAACCCCAUCUACAUUUAAAACAGGAGUUAAGCAAACCAAAAUGAAGAACAGUAUCACUGGUGUUUGUUGAUUAACUGAUAUCUUAAUAAAAUAGUAAUGUUGGCAUCUAUUUCCAUCACUCAGUACAGAUAAUGGAUCAAUACUUGAAUAAGAAGCUCUGAAGAAAGGUAGAAGGAUAUAACAAUCUUGUCUAUACACAAAACCAAGUAGCUUUUGCACCACUUUCUGAAUGUACAUUUCUCAUUCCAUUGGCAUAAUGAAAAAGGACUUGCACAAUACCAGCAGAUAGUAAGGUUUUCUUCAAGGCAGAAGAGCCUAACAAAAAAAAGAAAAAAAAAAAGAAA